AAUUGUUUACAUGAGCAACUCAACAUACUCUACAGAAUCGACUGCAUCAGAGUUUCUCCACACGGAGUUGGGUUCAGUUUCCAAAAACCGAAUUUCUAGAGAUUCAUUGAGGAAAGCUCUAAUGACUGAAAUGGAUAUCAGAUUCGUGAUCAGCGUCAAAAGUUACACCUGAUCAAAUAUGCUUUAAGAAGAAAAAGAUUGGACUUUUGGGGUAGCUUUCUGGUUAGUGCGUCAGAUCACCCAUCCGACAGUAUACUCACUAUGUACAGUUCCUCCGAUUAGUCUCUUUCUGGAAAAACUAGUACCUGGCUAGUGAGUGGAUGUAGGGACCUCAAGCAGUUGCGCAAAGGCUUUUUCUAGUCAGAGCUCCAGAUGAUGAAGUAACUCUCUGGAUGACCAUGUCAGAUGUAGGGAAGGUAUUAGGCUAUUGAAGCUGGUACUAUCAGCACUUGUACCUGCUAUCGUAAUAUAGGAUAUUCUUCUUCCUUCCUCUAGAGCAUAUAGACUUUAAGAUUUUUUAACAAUGAAAGAUCCUCUAUUUCAUCAAUUGUUAGACAAUAUUUGUUCACACAUACUUAUUGACGUGUACUACGACUAUUUUUUUAUGUAUACUUUCUUAGAACGUUGAAAUAAUCUGUAAAAGAUACCGUGUGCUGGAUCCUUGCCCUCUCAAUAUGUUCAGCUACUAAGACUAAGGGAAAGGAAGGUUGUAGAUGUCAAUGAUGAACUCGUUAAACUCGUUUUCACUGCAGUUUAGAAAUUGUUAAUAAUCGAGGCAAAUAUCCAAUGAUUCCUCUUUUGUUGCUGCUAUUUGUCAGAUCGUCUCUAAUAUCUAAAUAUACUCUAAAUAUUACAACAAAAUUAACAAGAAUCAACAAACAGAAGAGAUCAUAUCUCGUUAUAACGUCUCCGUUUAGAUGAUGAUUUUAACAUAUUAGAAAAACUAGACAUUAAAAUAUCAGAAAAAAGAACAUAUUUUUUUUUGUAGAAGUCUUGCUCAUCGACGCGUCAAAUUACAAACAUGGAUUAUUUUCCUAUCAGAUAAAAAGAAGAACAAGAAAAUAUAUCUUUAUUCUUCCUAAUCAAAAACGCAAAUCACUUCGCUUCGUUGACAACUUGAAUAUUAACGAGGAAUGAAACUCAAAAUAUGAAAAAUGUUAAUUAAGACGAAAUUAAGAAGAUAAUCCUUAGAAGAAGAACAAAAAUAAAUGUAUAUUUCAAAUCUGUCAGUUCAAAAAUAAAAUAAUACUAUAUUUCCGUCUGUUUUUGUGUCCAUUUAUUACUAUCAAAAUUUGUUAUCUUGUAUACUGAUUUGUCAGAAAAAAAAGAGAGAAGAGUAUUGAAUUCUAAUCAAUUUUUUUUAGGUUCAGGCCUAGAUCAAAAUGCAGGAUCAUCAAAAAUUCUUGAUCAAUUAUCAUUUCUUAGAACAAUAAGAGAAAAGAAAACAAUGGGCAUAUCUUUUGUUGAACUUUUUUAUUUCAUAUAUUUGUCACUAUUUCGUUAACUAAACAUUAAACUGCCACAGGUAUGACAUACUAAACGAUCAUAAUAUAUAUGACUUUCGAUCUCACUGAUAUAUUAGGCACUUGAAACUCUCGUCUUAACAACAAAACGCAGUCAGUAAACGUCAGUGCGAGUAUUGGUGGUGUUCAACAUCGACUAUCAUGUACACCUCGUUCAUCUGAACAUCAUGUUCAUAUUUCGAAUCAUCGACGUUCCAGUCGUACCCGUAAAUAUUCUCAUGAACCUCAACAUAUAAUGUCAUCAUCAUCACAUGAACAUUCCCGUCCGUCUAUACCCGUUUGUCCAACGCCCAAAACCAGUCAUACAAAACGUGCAUCAUCUACUGAAGGAAUUUUAUUUGGACCACUCAAAAAAGAUACAUCAAGCGGUUUUAAUUAUCAAAGUUUAACUGAAUCACCAUUGAAUGUGCCAAAAACAAAACCAGUUCGAUCUCAUAGUUCGACAAAUGCUGAAUUAUCCUAUCAUUUCAAUAACAACAAAGCUCUUCCGGAUGAAAAAUUAUUAAUUUCAGGAUCAGCUUUAAAAAUUGAAUGUGAUGUCAAUGGAGUAGAUUCGGUAGCGUUACCGUUGACAUGGAAACCAACACAUCAAGUAACAUUUCAACGAGAUUCAUGGGAUCACAAAAUUGAAUUUCUUCUUGCAGUUAUCGGCUAUGCCGUUGAUUUAGGUAAUGUUUGGCGUUUUCCAACAGCCGUUUAUAUGAAUGGUGGUGGAGCCUUUUUUAUUCCUUACUUUCUUUUAUUAAUCUUUGGUGGAUUACCUUUAUUCUAUAUGGAACUAGCACUUGGUCAAUAUCAUCGAUCGGGUGUCUUCACUGUUUGGAAACAUAUAUGUCCACUAGUUAAAGGUGUAGGCUGGGCAACGGUGAUCAUCAAUUUUAUGAUGGCAAUGUUUUAUAAUACAAUAAUAUCAUGGGCAUUUUAUUAUUUAAUCAUGUCAUUCAAUGGUUUAGUUACCGAAGUUCCAUGGAAAAGCUGUGGACAUCCGUGGAAUUCAAAUUGUUGUGUAGCAGCCGAUGCACAAACUAGACGAGUUCAAGAAAUUGAUAAAGCAAAGUCAUUUGAUAAUCUUGGAACGGUGAAAUGGGAAUUAGCAUUAUGUCUAUUGGUAGUAUUUAUCUUUGUUUAUUUUGCUUUAUGGAAAGGAAUUAAGAGUUCAGGAAAAGCUGUAUGGAUAACAGCUAUUGCACCAUAUGUUGUCCUCAUAGUUUUACUAAUUCGUGGUGUAACAUUGCCCGGUGCGUCAAUGGGUAUUGAAUAUUAUCUUAAACCGAAUAUGACAUCGUUGAAAAGUUUUCCCAUUUGGAAUGCUGCAGCAACGCAAAUAUUUUUCUCAUUGGGACCUGGAUUUGGCGUUCUAUUAGCACUAUCUUCGUACAAUAAAUUUCAUAAUAACUGUUACAGGUUUAAUAAUAAAUCGAUUUAUCUUGGUGCUUUACCAACAUGUACAUAUGGCGGAGAUUAUAUUGUAAACUUGAUGAAUGAAAUUGCUGUUGCACCCGCAUUACUAUUAGUGGUAUUUGUCGAAAGUAUCGCUGUGUCAUGGUUUUAUGGAGUUAACCGAUUUUCAUUGGAUAUUAAAGCAAUGAUUGGUACUAGACCAUCUUUAUUCUGGCGUUCAAUAUGGUAUUUAAUUAGUCCAGUAUUUUUAUUAAUGAUAUUUUAUAUAUCAAUGGAUAAUUAUUUAUCUGGUGAUAUUACAAUUAAAAAAGUUGCAUUGAAAAAUUUACCAUUAAGAGUUCGAGUAUUUUCAAAUUUAAUGGUAUUUGUUCCCAUAUUAUGUAUUCCAGCUUAUGCCAUUUACAAAUUAAUUAUCACACCAGGAAGAAAUUUUGAUGAGCGUUUGAGUAGAGCCGUUCGUCCAGAAGAGCCUCUAUUGAAAAUAGUAAGUUCAAGAGCAGCGCCAAGUGGAUCUAUAGCAGAAAAAGUGGAUCUCUAG